CGACGCUGUUUUGACGACGAUCUUCGCCACCGCGGCCUCUGCAAUCCCAAUAGCUCUACGACGCCUUUAGCUGCCUAUUUUCCAUCUUAUCGCUGCGGCUGCGGCUGAGUUCGGGCUCGCAAUUCACUCUUGCAACGGACAUCCUCAAGGCAACGAGACACCCUAUAAUCUUAGAACGCUCAUUGACCUCCUCCAUCACUAUCACUACCACACUCCACAUACCACGCCCUUUCAAGAUUCUUAUUCUUUGUGUGCUGCUUUAUCCCAGUCGCCGCAUCUCUCAGCCUGUGCAGCGAAAUGCCAUUCCCAGGACGCGGCAGGACGAAUGAUGAAGAGGAAAACGAGAAGAUGCGAGGUCGAGAGAAGUCUGCUCCAUUACUUCCACCAGCUUCGUGGUACCGCAAGCGUCGAUGGCUCGACCGACCCGCGCAGAAUCGAAAGGCCAGCUACAAACGCCUCUUAAAACCCAAACCGUUCCCAUUUCUGCAGCUCCCCAGAGAAAUAAGAGAUAUGAUAUACGCAUCCUACGCCAGCUCGUUACAGGAACUGCGAAUCCCCAUACUCAUCGAUUUGAACAACCCAUACAUUAAUUGGUCCGCGUGGCCGUAUAUCCACAAAGGGGUCUUCCCUGCCGGCACGGAAGAUAACGUCCACUACCGCACCAACCGCCACGACGACCUCGGCAUCCUAGCUUUCCACGGCGCUCUACCACCGACCAACUUGCUUCUCGUGUGCAAGCAAAUCGCCUCCGAAGUCCUCUCCCGCGUCGCUUUCGAAGUCGAUCCUCUGACAUCGCACGAUAAAACCUUCCGCUACAGCCUCGACCGCACAUAUCGUUCGCUCGCUCGCUCUCCCUACGUCGCUCUCCUCAGCAAAAUAGUCGUCCGCAUCGAUCUCACGUGGAUGCAGACACAGCGGAAAGUCUACGUCUGGCCGUCGGGCGUGAAAGAAGAACUGUGGCCGGCGCGCGAAAUCAGCUUGGCGGAAUGCGUUAAGAAGGUUCAGCCGCGGAGUCGCGCGCUAUGUGCGGUGCUGGGGAAGUAUGCGCUGAAUUUGAGGGUUGUGAGUGUGCAUUGGGUAGACGAUUUUCCGGAUGCGGUUGGGGAGGAUGAUGUCGGGUUGAAGGCUAGCGUGUUGGAGCCUUUUUCUGGGCUCAAGGGAGUCGCUGUUAGGAUCGGAAAGUUGGUCGUAGCGGAGAGGGGGAGAGCGGCGGCGCAGGCGAUGAUUGAUCAGACCCUGAAAGAAGAGGUGCCGUCCGCUUGAUGUAGUAUUGAAGCAUCGUUACCUCGGUAGUAUGUAAGCAAAUGCUUCAUGGGAGGACAUGCCAUUGGUCCUUACGCAUGGCGCAUCCAACGGUUAAAGUUCUGCACACGGAGGCCCUCGAUGCUCUUUUCGUUGUGUAAUCUAUAUCACCUUUUGACGCGGGCGUCUAUGCAGCCUCAGCCAUCCACGUCUGAGUCGCCGAAGCGCUCGCAAAAUA